GAAAGACAAAACAGUGGAAGCCCACGAAUGAUCUCUAGCUAUUUAGCUGGCCAGCUACUGUUAGUUAGGUUGUUAUCAACCCUUAAUAGCUAUUAGUUAAAUAUAUAAUAUUGGUUAUUCCAAUAGCUCGACAAAUAACGUUGAAGUCCAGGCCACUUGAAUUUAAAAUUCUGCGAAUGGACCGUGAAGGGAACAAUAACGUUAAUAGUAGUACAUCAAGGCAAGGAUAAACAAGUAACGUUAACUGACUGGCAAGCAAGAACAUAAGCUGAUCGAGGAGGUACAGGGGAGAAUGUGAAGGACAAUGGCGAACUUUGAAGCUUACCAGGAGUACCAGCGGAUUGAUGACUUUGAGGAGGACUCACCUCCCGGGGAGGAGGACCUAUUAGUGCAUGUGCCAGAGGGCCUGAGUGACUCAUGGCACCAUAUCAAGAAUCUGGACAACUUCUUUACAAGAAUCUAUCAGUUUCAUCAGAAAAAUGGCUUUGCUUGUAUGAUGUUAUCAGAGUUCUUUGAACUUUUUCAGUUCCUGUUUGUGGUCACUUUCACAACAUUCCUCUUCAACUGUGUGGAGUAUGAUAUACUGUUUGCCAACCGGGCAGUGAACCACACAGGACCUGGCCAGAACCCCCUGGACAGGAACAAGGUCUCUCUGCCUGAUGCCAUCCUACCAAGCCAGCAGUGCACUGAGAGGAUCCAGGAGAACAGUUGGAUCAUCUUCCUGCUCAUCAUGGCGACCAUCUUCUGGGUCUACCGGAUGAUCAAGGUCUUCUGCAACAUCCUCAGCUACUGGGAGAUACGCCAGUUCUACAUCAAAGCACUGAAGAUCAGCAUGGAUGAGCUGUGUAACUUCACAUGGCAGGAGGUCCAGGACCGUCUGAUCAGCCUGCAGCGGGAGCAGCAGAUGUGUAUCCACAAGAAGGAGCUAACUGAGCUGGACAUCUACCACCGCAUCCUGCGCUUCAAGAACUACAUGGUAGCCAUGGUCAAUAAGUCCCUGUUACCUGUACAGCUUCAGCUCCCCCUUCUGGGAAACCUGGUGUUCCUCACCCAGGGCCUCAAGUACAACUUUGAGCUGAUUCUCUUCUGGGGUCCGGGGUCGCUGUUCCAGAACAAAUGGAACCUGCACCCCAAGUACAAGCGAGCAGGGAACCGUCUGGAGCUGGCCCAGCAGCUGAGCCGGGUCAUUCUUCUACUAGGCGUGGCCAACCUGCUCCUCUGCCCCUUCAUCCUGGUGUGGCAGGUGCUCUACGCCUUCUUCAGCUACACCGAGGUCAUCAGGAGGGAGCCAGGGAGUCUAGGAGCACGCCGCUGGUCUAUGUUCGGCCGCCUCUACCUGCGCCACUUCAAUGAGCUGGACCACGAGCUGCACGGCAGGCUAGGCCGCGGCUACAAGCCCAUCUCCAAGUACAUGAACUUGUUCACCUCGCCGCUCCUCACCGUGCUGGCCAAGAACGUGGCGUUCUUCUCGGGCUCGGUGCUGGCCGUGCUCAUCGCACUGACUGUGUAUGAUGAGGAUGUCUUGACCGUGCAGCACAUCCUGACCGCCAUCACCGUGCUGGGAGUGGUUAUCACCAUCACCAGGUCCUUCAUCCCAGACGAACACAUGGUGUGGUGCCCGGAGCAGCUGCUGCAGUGUGUGCUGGCUCACAUCCACUACAUGCCAGACCACUGGAGGGGCAACGCCAACAAGAGCGAGACCCGGGACGAGGUGGCACAGCUGUUCCAGUACAAAGCGCUAUUUAUCCUGGAGGAGCUGAUUAGCCCCAUCGUCACGCCCUUCAUUCUCAUCUUCCUCCUGAGGAACAAGUCCCUGGAGAUCAUUGACUUCUUCAGGAACUUCACUGUGGAGGUAGUUGGGGUCGGAGACAUCUGCUCCUUCGCACAGAUGGACAUCCGUCGUCAUGGAAACCCUCUGUGGAUGUCUGAGGGCCAGACGGAGGCGUCUGUGUACCAGCAGGCUGAGAACGGCAAGACUGAGCUGUCCCUGAUGCACUUCACCAUCAAGAACCCCCGUUGGCAGCCCCCCCAGGAGAGCUCAGUGUUCAUCAGCCAUCUGAAGGAGAAGGUGCACCAGGACGCCCAGGGAGGACCCCCUACCCAGCUGCUGCUCUCUGAGGCCCCGCUCUGCUCCUCACUGCUCUCCAACGGGUCCGGCAAUGAACCUGACAACCUAUUGGCAAGUGUCCUGGCCCACCCUGUGCUGACCGCGUCAGGCCUACCAGGCCGAGACCGCCGCUUCGUUCCUCCCAGCACGGCUGCCUCUGCCGCCGCCAGCGUCCUGGCCUCGCUAUCCAGCUCCCACUCUCAGCUCCCCCACGCCAGCCGCUCCCGCUCGCAUAUCCAUCUGCCUUCCACCCACCCUGACAGCACCAUGUACUGCAGUGACCGCACCAUCAUCGACAGCAUGUCAGCCAGUGAUUCUCGAAUGAAGAGCACUACAUUGCUUUCAGAGUUUGCCUCAGCUGAGAUGAGUCUCCAUGCUAUUUACAUGCAUGAGGUCCACCAACAGAACUCGCUCCCCCACCAGAGGACAUUCGGCCAGUGGCAGAACCCAGUGCCAAUGAGAGAGCUAAGCAGCAACGCUGGUUCUCAGACGCACAGCGUCCACACAGCAGUCAGCCUGUCUAAUAUGCCCACCCCGCUGCGUCUGGGAGGCUGGACGGAGGAAGAGGAGGGGGAUGCAGAGGAAGAGGAAAUCCUCAACAGCGGGUCGACUCCUAAGCAGGACUCUAGGAGUAGCUAUUGAAGUGCCUUAAAUAAAUGGUGUUUACACUUUCCUUUCUGGAUGAACAUUGUGGCCUUAGAUGAUCUUUUUGGAGUAUAGGAUAGAUAGGACCUUUAUGACGUCACACAGCACAGGCAGCUGGGGAACUCAUUGGAUAACCACUGUCUCCAUGCCUCUCCUCCUAUCACAUCAGGAGGUGUUGUCGUCAGGGAAACCAACUGUAUGUCUUCCGUCCCUCUCUCCAUGUCAUUGUUUUGUUAUAGAAUGUAUUUACAUCGCUCAUAGAGGUGUGUGUGUGUGUGUGUGUGUGUGUGUGUGUGUGUGUGUGUGUGUGUGUGUGUGUGUGUGUGUGUGUGUGUGUGGUGUGAGCGCUUUGGGACUCUGGGAAAGAGUGGCAUGCACAGCUAGGACACUUGCAGGGCAGGCUUGAGCAUGGUACGCAGCAAAACCUGUCACACUUUUGUUGUGUAUUCAUGUUUUUUUAAUAUAUAUAUAUAAGUUUGAUUUGUGCAUUUGGGAGGUUUACAAUAUGGGUCUGGGUUCACUUUCUCAUGGUGGAAAUGGUGUCUUUCCUGGUGCUGAAGAGACUAUGGAGUGAAGGUGUAUCAUAGUAGCUUCCUGACCAUUUUCACUAUAUGAGGAAAGUUAAGUGCAAAAUUCUACAUUGGUGUAUUUGGCCCUUACUUUUUGCUUGACAUUUGUAAAUACACUUUAGCGUCUUACCUCUAUAUGAAUAUUUAAGUUUAGUUGUUUUUAGUCCUUGGGGCAGUUUUAAUCCUUGGGGAAGAUGAAAAGUACUGAAAACAGUGACAUGAAGCAGGCUGCAACUAUACUACUGCUACUACAGAUAGGACCCCACAAGAAAAUCUGACAAAAGCCUACAGAUGGGCUAGAUUAAUUAACCACAAUUGUAAACUGGAUAAAAUCUCAUUAAAAGCUGCUGUCUGAUUUAAAUGGGCCUAAUAUUAUUCUCUUUCUUUAAAAUCCUGGGUGACUCUAAGACAGGAUUCAACAUAUAAUAACUUGAUUAUUUUGUAUCAAAGUAUCUUCCAUGUACAGUCUCCACUGGCAACAGGGGUGUUAUACUUGACAAAGGUACAUACAUCAAGAUUACAUAUUUGCAGAGGCAGUAACUACAUUGUUGUGGGUAGGUAUGAGAAUAAGCAAUGGAGGGUUGCAUAUUAUGUACAGUAAAUCAAGAAGUGUUGUUGUAUACAUUGAUUUUGCAUGUACUGCUCAACAUUUUGUUUACGAAACACUUUCCCCUAUGUACACACAAGUGAACUUUAUUAUUAUUUUGCAAUUACAGCAAUCAGAUCUUGAGGGUUAAACCUGCUGGUUUUCUGUUCUACCUGAUAGUUAGUUGCACUCACUUGGUGUCCCCGGUCUAAAUUAGUCCCUGAUUAGAGGGUGCAAUGAAAAAAUGCAGUGGAACUAACUUUGAAAUCCAGAGUUGAGAUUGAGGGUUAUAGAGGAUGAUGUGAGCUGGCCAAUCAGCGGUAUACUCACAUUAAUAUUUUUAAUGACCGUUAUACACCCACACCAUUCUGUUGUUGGGGUAUGCCCACACCAUUCCAACACAGAAUAGCAUUCUUUUUUUUAAAGAAUUUUACAUACUUCAUUCAAAAAAUGUCAAAGGAAAACAACUAUUUCACUCAUAUUGUAAUUAAUUAUAUGUCAUAUGUCAAAUCUGGAAACUGGACAGGUUUUUAAUAUAUUUCAUUUAGUAUUUAUUGUUGAAAAAUUAUCUUUAUAGUAAAUGCAUUCAUACCAAAUAUGAUUGGGAUCUAAUGUUAAUAACUGAAUGUCUUAACAGAAAUCUUGAAGGCGCCCCAUGUAAAUCUAACUUGUUUUCCUUAAUGUAUGUCUCAUACAACAUUGAACAAAACGGAUUUUUGGAAUCUUUUUGUUGAAUUGCCUUUGACAAAACAUAUUUGGAUAUGCAACUUUGAAAUGAAACAAUCCUUCAUGUGUGGUUCAGCACCCCUUGCUGGUUUCAUCAGUACAGUACAACUCAAAGGAGAGCAAACUUGUCUGCAUGUAAAUGCUGAAUGUAAACCAGCCAUCAUCCCUAGAAAUAAGUGGCAUGAUGUAUCAUUGGUACUGUAGCCAGAACGGCUUAUUGAAACAUUACACAAAAGCUCCAUUACUGCUACUGUAUCUAUGUCCCACUGAUACAAUAACCUAGGCCACACCUAUAUGUAUAUCUCUGUAUCCUCCACAACAUUUCAGUCAUUUAACAGCUGCUCUUAUCCAGAGCGACUUAGUUGCAAGUGCAUACAUUUUUGUUCUGGUCCCGUGGUAGGAAUCAAACCCACAACCCUAGCAUUGCAAGCACCAUGCUCUACCAACUGAGCCAAACAGGACCACUAUUGUAAGACUUUAGAGAGUAUAUGUGUUUGAUGACUUUUUCCCUUCAUUUCGUUUUGUUCAUUUGUGUUUUGAAGUGGUGUGGAUGUAGACAUCAACCUAACUAUGCUAAGCUAACGUUGACUCAAAAGUUUUGCACUGAUUGAAAAUAAAAAUUAUAUUGAUAGACCUGCAUCAAACUAAAUUUUAGAUCAAGCCGAGGUCUCAAAGGAACAGUGAGUGGAACUCCCAUCCUGAAUGGCCUCUCUCACUGUGUAUAUAAUAACCAUAUGUAGGAUUGUUAUCAUCCAUAACGUGGGCCUAUCACAGACCUGGUUGUUGUUACCUCUGGUCAGCAAAAGUUCACCAAUUAGUGGGAAAUGUCUGUCAAUGUUUUAAGUAACAUUAUAGGCCUAGUCAAUGCCACAUAUGGUUUUGCUGUUGGUGUUCCAUUUGUUUUACUGAUGUAAUGAGUUUUAGGGGAGACGUGGUAGUUCAUGAGUCUUACCAGUUUCCGUAGCUAGAUUGCACUGCCUCUCCCUAUCUUUUUUUAUUUUAUUAUUUUGCUUUAUUUUGAGCAGUGCCUUAGGGUUAGCUUUAGUUCUUAUUAGAAGCCAUUGAAACCGUCAGAGCUAAUUUUACUUUGUAUUUUAGCAGCACAUAAUGUACAGUAUUUCUUUUGGCAGGAUUGUCAUGUUUUGGCACCAAGUAUACAGUGGGAAUUGUAUUCUAAUAUUGUUGAUGAGUCCUGUGUAACAUUAACUACAACAGACUGAUAUUGGACAUCAAAGUAGUCAAAUCACUUUCACCUGAUGACAGAAUUAAUCUGAUCAAAGUGUUUCGUUCUGUACUGUCUGCCUCCCCAGUCCAAAAUAAUCAGUUGGGGAGGGGAAAUGUUCUAUACCCUUUUCAUUUAUGUUUAAUUAUUAUUUAAUUCUGUCAUUGAGGCUCCCCAUUCAAUAUCAUCCCUUCUUAUCCACUACAAACCAGUCCCCCAAAAAACUAAAACAUUUUGACUGGUACAAGGUGCUACGUUUUCAUAUUCUAGUGUUAAAUAGAUUUUGAGCCAUCUAUUCUUUGUUACUUAGGUUUGUUCUUUUUGUUUGUUUUGUUUAAUUUAAGAAACACUAGCUGAGAAUGAACAAUGCCAAAAUAACUUGUUUUUAGCAAAGCUUUAUCAUACACAUUUUAUUUGUUUUCAGUAACUGAAUAGGCAAAGGAAUUCUUAUUGUGUGUAUUUAAUCAUUGAAGUGUGUCCCAAGAUCUAAUGUACUUGAUUUGAAAUAAAAAAUGUAAUAUACA